AUGUUAACUGUUGAAAUGAAGGGACGACUGGUUGUGAGCAAAAGCGGUGCCAAUCAUGAGAUGUCGCGACCAGUGGUGCCGUCGGGCAGACACUCGGCCGCCGCUCACGAGUCAAACCCGUCGUAUUUGACGUACUGUUCGUCCCAUCCAUUGGUUGACAACAAUUCAAAUCAAUUAAUUAGUCAACAAAACAGUCAUUCGAGUCAUGCAAACAAUCACUCGUUGCCGCCGAUGAGCUCUUUCGUGGCCACCAAUCCGUCGCAAACAGUGGUCAGUCAUGUGAACGCCGGCCGCACGACCGGCACAACCCAUCACCAGAUGCUCAACAGCCAAGACUUGAGCAUUGAGUUGUUGUCCGCACAGACGAGUGCAGAGCUCGACACUUACGGCGGCGACCACUUGGACCAGACGUUUGUGGACGCGUUGAAUAUGUCUCAGUUCGUGUUCGACCCCUUCCUCUCCGACGGACAGUCAAUGGCGGCUCAAGUGAACAGUAAUAACGAAGAGACGGUGUAUUACUCGUCAGAGAUGUCUGAUUUGGGUCCUCAGGUGACCUCUCAGACCACAGCACACUCACAGACGCCCAGCACUCAGGCGUUUGGCUUAACAAUAGGUCCGCAUAUCAGUGACAUCUUUUCAGUGUUGGACUCAUUGACAGAAUCGGAUGCGUUGACCGAAAGUCUUCUAAACGGUGAUCAUUAUUGUACUUCAGAGCCGUUGGUUUCGCAACAAAAUCUGAAUUCCAACACAUAUUUAACCCAAAAUCACGAACACAUUCAGACGUCGAUUCAAAUUCCGGCCAAUUUGGCCGCUAAUCAGAUGAUGCCUAACGGCUCACAACCGGUACACUUGACGCCUAUAGUCCUUUCGCGACCUCCGCUUCAAACGCAGCCAUUGAUGGCUCAGCCGUUGAUGCAAACGACUGACACAUCAAAUGCCAGUCAAAUGGCAAACCAAUCAAUGAGUAUAAAGCGAACCGAAAUUCAAAGUAUAGACAAAACAAAUGCCAAAAUUGUAAAUACAAACGAGAAGAGAGUUGCCAUCAAAUUGAGUCCAAGAGUUGAGACUAAAGAGUUGAUCGAAGAGACCAAAUGUUUUAAGUGUAUUAUUUGUAACUUUAUUUCACUCGAGAAAUCAAUUGUAAGCAAACAUUUGGCAGAAAAACAUGAAAACGAGACAAAAAUGACUUUAGUUGACGACAACACGAAGUCGAUGGUCAACACCAACAACAAGAAGACCAACACAUAUAUGUGUUCCAAGUGUUUCAAAGGGUUCGCCACUUUGUCGGCGUGUCGUCAGCAUAUGGUUAGUCUCCAUAAGCUUAAGGUCGAUAACGUGACACUCGAGACCAUCGAAUGCGACCAAAACAUUAGUCCCGUUAAAGACAAGAGUAUCACAAAGAAUCUACAGAAGGAAGUGUUGAGCGAAACACACGAUAACUCGCUUAAUAAGACGGCAUCAAAGCUGAGGGCUAUUCUGCCGAACGGCAAGAUUGAAGUGCAACAGCAGACGGCGGCCGCCAAUCGGCGAACUAAACCAGUGAUUGUGACCAAAAGUCAUCACAACUAUUAUAAUCAUAACAACCAAAACACAAACAUAACGAACGCAAACGUUCUCAACAAUCAUAACAAUCAUAUGAAUGUGAAACGUCUGGCGUGGAAGAAGAAGGUGAAGCGAGAACAGGGAACCUAUAUCUGCGAGUUCAAGGGCUGUUCCGUCCGGUUUAGGGCUCUCGAGAAUCUCCAGAAGCAUCACAGGUGUCACUCGGACUCCGGUUCGGGCUUUGUUUGCUCUAAUUGUACGAAAAGCUCAGAGCAGUGGUCGUCAAUGGCUGGCCAUCUGUGGCGGAGUCACGGCAUUGAUUUAGAGCUUCACGCGUGUGAGCACUGCUCGUACCGGACAUAUAGUCUCAGUAUUUUGGAGAACAUUCAUAAACGCAUUCAUAGCAAUGAGAAGAACUUUCUUUGCGAUACGUGUGGCAAAGGAUUCAAAAACGCUAAACAACUCAUUAACCAUAAGGUUAAACACGUGGUAAAAGCACCGGUCAUGAAGACACACGAGUGUCAUAUAUGUUUGCGAACCUUCAACGACGCGCGCACUAAGAAAGUCCACUUAAACAAUGUUCACCACAAGACCCGUCCCUAUAUCUGCAAUCAUUGUAACCAUUCAGCCGCUAGUCGUAGUGCCUUAAGGACUCAUAUGAGACAACACACCGGAGAGAAGCCAUUCAAAUGUGAUAAAUGUAAUUAUACUACAAGUGAUCACAACUCACUUCGAAGACAUAAGAUGAGACAUUCGGGCGAACGGCCCUAUAAGUGCCCCUUUUGUAGCUAUGCUUGCAUUCAGUCGAGUACUUAUAAACAACACCUUAAGAACAAACAUCCGGGUCUUAGCGAAGGGAUUAUGUUUAACUGUCAGUUCUGUGGCUUUAAAACAGUGAAUCAGGAUAUGUACGGAACGCACAUCUCUGAACACAUGAGGAAUAAUGGCACCAAAGAGGCCAUGAAAGCCAAUAAAGUAGAGACUGAUGUGGACUCAGCGUUGAUGACACCGGACAGCCCAACACUUCACUUCGCUUGUAUUGUCGGACAAAGCAUUUCGAGUCAAACUAAUACUCCGAGUAUUUCCUAUGCAUCAGAAUUUGUAAAAUAAAACAUAAAUCUUGUUUUCAUAACGAUUUUUAUACUUAUUUUGAUUACAUAUUUCAUCACUUCUUUUAAGAACUAAGUCAUCAUUUAUUGGGAUUUGAAGACCAAAACUGGUUCUGUAUUUACACACAAAAAGGGAGCGGAAUUUCAAACAAUUCUCUGUUUUUAAUUUUAUUUUAAUAAUACAUGAUUUUUUCAAUCAAA